AUGGUUUAUAGGGGUCGUAUACUAGCUGCUGCAGCAGCAAGACCGAAGCAGCAGCAGCAGCAGCAGCAGCAGGGGGGGGAGACAGAGAAAAGCAGUUAUAAAAAGAAACAACAGCAGCAGAGACAGCAGCAACUGCAGCAGCAGCAGCAGCAGCAGCAGCAGCAAAAGGAAUGGAAUCUCCUUUAUAUGCUGCCGUCAGCAGCAGCAGAUGCAGCAGAAGCAGAUCUAUCUCUAUCAAAACGAAACUUGCUGCUGCAGCAGCAGCAGCUGCAGCAGCAGCAGCAGCAGCAGCAGCAGAAUACAACAACUCCUGCUGCAGCAGCAGCACUAGCUGAAACACAUGUGCUGCAGCAAACGAAAGAAUGGAUAGAACGAGAAGGUUUAAUUGCUGCUGCUUUUAUCCGUAAAGGCCCAACAGCAGCAGCAGCAGCAGCAGCACCAGCAGCAGCACCAGCAGCAGCAGCAGCAGCAGCAGCAGCAGCAAGCAGCAAAGACACCAUAAUAGUUAAACAUCUGCCUGCAGCACAUAUACACCAGCAGCAGCAGCAGCAGCAGCAGCAGCGGGAAAAACAACAAAGACAGCAACAAACGCAUCGACAGCACCGCCAUCAUCAUCAGCAGCAGCAGCAGCAGCAACAGCAACACCAGCAGCAGCAGCAGCAGCAACAGCAGCAGCAGCAGCAGAAGAAGAAGAGACAAAAAGAUAUACAUCUUUAUAUAUUAAAAACCUAA